AUGGGUCUUCAAAUGUUCCAAUUGCAUAAUAAGGUAAUUGAUAAAAUUGAAGCAUCACCAUGGCAAAUUCGUGAAACAAAUAUUAGACUUGCAAUUGGUUUAGCGAUACUAUUCUUUUAUUUAUUAAUUGGCGCUAUUGUUUUUGUACAAAUUGAAAGUCCAGCUGAAAAAAAUGAUAUGGAAGCAUAUCAGGAAUUUCGAUUACAUUGGAAUCGAUUAUUGCAAGAAGCAGGAUUUAAAGGUAUUUAA